AUGGAAAAUUACCACUCUGUUGGGUUCAAUAUUAAAUAUAUUUUGACAUCAAAUUCAAGAUCUAAACAAUCACCUUCUCAGGAAGCUCCAAUGAAACGAUUGGAAUUUUGGUCUCGCGUAUUACCUCGAUGCCGCUAUUAUAAUAAACCGCCCACGUAUUUCGGAGGCUCCGCUCCAAGGCCUGUGUUGUCUGUGCCUGCUGUUACGAUGCGAGAACCAGCUCGCAAACCACUUUUGGGAUUGGCCACGGUUAUUUCCGUUUUGGCAUUGUCUUUGCUUGCUUUGGACAGCUAUCGCGUUCGAUUGAGCCUGGAGGCAAAACUGGAACAGGAAGCGGAACAAUUCAAACAGACUCAGGAUCUGAUAACCAGAGAAUUUAAGGCCAACCGCAAGAAACGCGAGCUUCAGGUCCUGAACGAGCGCAGACGUGUCCAGAUGCGCGAAAUGAAAGUUGCCCUGCACGUCGCCUUGCUUCGGAAACAAUUAGUAGACGCAGGAAUCACACCAGCUACCAUCCAGCGGGCACUGGAGGAAUUUGACAAAAACGCCAAAAUGGAAAACAGCAUUGAAAACGUUAGUGGAACUCGUUUGUGGGUUACCGAGAAUAGUGAUUGUAAGAGCUACGUUUCGGACAUUCGCGAAUACGACUAA